AUGACUUCCUCCUUCUCAGUUGAUAACCCAGCCAAUUACUUCUCUGUAGAUAAUCCAAUGACUUCCUCCUUCUCAGUUGAUAACCCAGCCAAUUACUUCUCUGUAGAUAAUCCAAUGACUUCAUCCUCAGUUGAUAACCCAGCCAAUACUUUCUCUGUAGAUAAUCCAAUGACUUCCCUCUUCUCAGUUGAUAACCCAGCCAAUUACUUCUCUGUAGAUAAUCUAAUGACUUCAUCCUCAGUUGAUAAUCCAGCCGAUUACCUCUCCGUAGAUAAUCUAAUGACUUCAUCCUCAGUUGAUAACCCAGCCAAUACUUUCUCUGUAGAUAAUCCAAUGACUUCCUCCUUCUCAGUUGAUAACCCAGCCAAUUACUUCUCUGUAGAUAAUCCAAUGACUUCAUCCUCAGUUGAUAACCCAGCCAAUACUUUCUCUGUAGAUAAUCCAAUGACUUCCUCCUUCUCAGUUGAUAACCCAGCCAAUUACUUCUCUGUAGAUAAUCCAAUGACUUCAUCCUCAGUUGAUAACCCAGCCAAUACUUUCUCUAUAGAUAAUCAAAUGACUUCAUCCUCAGUUGAUAACCCAGCCAAUACUUUCUCUGUAGAUAAUCAAAUGACUUCAUCCUCAGUUGAUAACCCAGCCAAUACUUUCUCUGUAGAUAAUCAAAUGACUUCAUCCUCAGUUGAUAACCCAGCCAAUACUUUCUCUGUAGAUAAUCAAAUGACUUCAUCCUCAGUUGAUAAUCCAGCCAAUACUUUCUCUGUAGAUAAUCCAAUGACUUCAUCCUCAGUUGAUAACCCAGCCAAUAUUUUCUCUGUAGAUAAUCCAAUGACUUCAUCCUCAGUUGACAAUCCACCCGAUUACCUCUCUGUAGAUAAUCCAAUGACUUCAUCCUCAGUUGAUAACCCAGCCAAUACUUUCUCUGUGUUGAUAACCCAGCCAAUACUUUCUCUGUAG